AACGCGACUCUUUCUGAAGCUCAAAUACGAUUUAUUGGUUCAUAUCUGAUUCUUCUGCGGCUCGCCAUCCGCGCGCGCUCAGGGCGGGUCGUGUGACGUCACGCGCGCGAUCAUCGGUCCAGACACUCGGCGAGUCCGCGCGACCGUAACGGAUAUUUUUUUUUACCUCAUAAGCCUGUUAAAAAACCCAUUCAUUAAAGAGGAGCGGAAGGGAAUAAACAAAGAGCGGAAAUGUCUGUGGCGGGGCUGAAAAAGCAGUUUCACAAAGCGACUCAGAAAGUCAGUGAGAAGGUGGGAGGAGCUGAAGGAACCAAACUGGACGAUGAUUUCAAAGAAAUGGAAAAGAAAGUGGACACCACGAGCAGAGCGGUGCUUGACAUCAUGACCAAAACCACAGAAUACCUGCAGCCCAACCCUGCAUCCAGGGCGCGUCUGAGCAUGAUCAACACCAUGUCUAAGAUCCGCGGUCAGGAUAAGGGUCCAGGUUACCCGCAGGCUGAGACGGUGCUGGCCGACGCCAUGACGAGGUUCGGCCGUGAGCUCGGAGAAGAGUCCAGCUUCGGUUUGGCUCUGCUGGACGCCGGUGAAUCCAUGCGUGAGCUCGGUGAGGUGAAAGACGCUUUAGAUAUAAACGUCAAACAGAACUUCAUCGACCCGCUGCAGAACCUGCACGAGAAAGACCUCAAAGAGAUUCAGCACCAUCUGAAGAAGAUGGAAGGUCGUCGUCUGGACUUCGAUUAUAAGAAGAAGCGUCAGGGGAAAGUGACGGACGACGAGAUCAAGCAGGCGCUGGAGAAAUUUGACGAGUCUAAAGAGGUGGCGGAGCAGAGCAUGUUUAACCUGCUGGAGAACGACAUCGAGCAGGUCAGUCAGCUGGCGGCUCUGGUUCAGGCUCAGGUGGAGUAUCAUCAACAGGCCGCUGAGAUCCUGCAGCAGCUCUCCAGCAAGCUGGAAGACAGGAUAAAGGACAUGUCCAACAAACCACGGAAGGAGUUCAUCCCUAAACCCCGCAUGGAGCUUCACCUUCCCAGUGAGAAUCACAAUGGAGGAAUCAACUCUGCCAGAUCACCUGCGCGCUCACCAGCGCCGCUGGAUCAGCCAUGUUGUCGCGCGCUGUAUGACUUCGAGCCGGAGAACGAGGGCGAGCUCGGCUUCAAAGAGGGCGACAUCAUCACUCUGACCAAUCAGAUCGACGACAACUGGUACGAGGGCAUGAUCAACGGCCAAUCAGGAUUCUUCCCCGUCAACUACGUGGACAUCCUGGUGCCUCUGCCUCACUAGGCUCCGCCCACCCCUGCUCCUGCCUAGCAGCCCAACAGCCGCCUGUAUCGUGCAUCUGUGCUACAGCUUCACUUCCUGUUCCUGUGACUCGGAGGAUGAUGAUGAUGAUGAUUACAGACAUUACGGAGUCACGUCUGAGUGGAGAAACAGUGCUCAGUGUGUGUGUGAGUGUGUGUGUGUUUGCGCUCCUGGACUCGUGGUGAAUCAUGAGUCCCUUUAUAUUUUUUCUCGUAUUUCAGUUUUAUUUAUUUGCCUUCGCUUCACUCUUCUGAUAAACCUCACUUAGUCCAGCUCUAUCCCAGCAUGCUUUUAGGAAAGUUCUGGAUCUCGCAUCACGAACGAGGACAGAUUACGUCGCUGGUGCUGUUUGUUACACACAUUAAAUCACGGUUUUCUUCUAACUAACGUUCUGCCGAAUCCUGCCAGAAAAGAUUUUUCGUGAUUUUAAUGCUUGCUGAUGCAUUUUGGCCUUUGGUCAAACACGUAAACUUGCGCCUACACUGCAAAAACUGAUGUUCUUCCUCAGUCUUGUUUUCCAGCACAAAUAUCUAAACAUUCCUAAAUCAAGAUACAUUUACUGGAGAAGCAAAAUAACUUUUAAAAUUUGAAAUAGAAAUCAGUCAGAAUGAAGCGAGUUUCUGCUUAAAGUGGACCUAUAAUACCACUUUUCACAAGAUGUAAUAUAAGUCUCUGGUGUCUCCAGAAUGUGUCUGUGAAGUUUCAGCUCAAAAUCCCCCACAGAUCAUUUAUUAUAGCUUGUCAAAUUUGCCCCUAUUUGGGUGUGAGCAAAAACACGCCAUUUUUGUGUGUGUCCCUUUAAAUGCAAAUGAGCUGCUGCUCCCGCCCCCUUUCCAGAAGAGGGCGGAGCUUUAACAGCUCGACAACAACAAAGCUGGAGAAUCUCACGCAGACAAAAUGAGGAUUGUCAGUAACGGUGUCUGAGGCUAAUGUAAUUAAGCGUAUUUAGAUAUUUGUACUGGAAACCAAGAUAAAAAUGGUAACACUUUACAAGAAUGUCCCAUUAGUUGAAGUUAUUUAUUGUGUAAACUAACAAUGAUACAUUUGUCACAGUAUUUAUUAAUCUUUGUUAAUGCUAAUAAAAACACAACUCUUCAUUAUUAGUUCAUGUUAACUCAGGUCCAUUAAAUAAUAUUAACUUAUAAACUGAAAUUAACAUUAACUAAGAUCAAUAACUAAUCUAGUUAACUAAUGUUCACAAAUGGAAAUUUAUUGUAAAGUGUUACUCAAAAAUAGAACAAAAAAGAUUUUUUUUGUUUUGUUUUGCAGUGUGGUUGGGAAACUGUUAGUGCGGUUUAACCCAAACUUUAUUUAUUUAUUUAUUCUCAAACUACUUCAUAAUUUCCAGUGAAAUAUGAAAAUGCAAUAAGGAUAUUGAACACAGAGCACACACUUCGGUUUUCUGCUGGGAAAACAACAGGGUGGUCAGGCUGGUUUCUGGUAGCUGGUUUGUUACUGGUCAACCAGCACUCGGCACAUUAACCGAGACGGUCCAACUGAUCUCGACCAUAAAUGAUCAGCCAUGUUCAACCAUCAUAAACUAGCUGAGCUGAACUUCAUGAAGGUUUCUCUGAUCGCAGAUGUUUCCUAAAGCAGCAUAUAAAGUCUUAUUUUUGAAAUAAUAAGUGGUAUUUCCACGAAUGCCAAGAUUGUGUUAACUAAGUGCGCUGGUUAUUAACGUACGUUUGUGUGUGUGCGAUCGUUCCCUCAGUAGAUCAUAAUGCUAGUUACUGUAGUUUUAGUGGUUAGUUGUUAGUGCCGUGACGUUUGUGAGCACAUGUGCUGUGAGAAAGACUAUUUUUAAUGUUCAAACUGAUCGAUUGAUUGCAGCUGAUGAACAUGUAUAGCGUAUAAUCGCCCGUCUAACAGGCUGAAGUGUAGCAGCGUUUGUGGUUUUAGUGGUUGAUGGACCAUGUUCUUCAGCACAGCUCACGCUGUGUGUCGCUUGAUGCCUUCAACGUCUUCGGCCUUCGUUUGAAAUCCGUACUGUAUGUCGACAGACGAGCGUCAGUGGAAGCUUGUUUCUGCCACGGAAUUAAAAAAUAAAAAUGGUAAUUGUGACUUUUUAAAAGUAAUUAACUAAGAAAUUAACUAAGCCAUAAUAAUGAGAUGGAAAAUUUGAAAUGUUCACUUAAAAAGGUCUAACUAUGACAAAAAAGUUGAAAUUAUGACAAUGUCGGAAUAAAAAUUUUAAAAAGUAAUUGCGACUUUUUCUCUCACAAUUUUGACUUUUUUAACAGACUUCUGAGUUCACAUUUUUUUCUGCCACGGAAUACAUUUUUUUCCGUGGCAUUAAUUUUAUUAAGUAAUUGCAGGUUUUUAAUCUCGCAAUUCUGACUUUUUCGCAGAAUUCUGAGUUUACAUCUUGCAAUUUGUUUUUUUCCGCCACGGAAUAAAAAAAUAAAAAGUAAUUGCAACUUUUUAUCUUACAUUUUUUUUCUCACAGUUGCGAGUUUAUAUUAGGGCUGUGCGAUAUAAAAAUGCUAUCACAAUUUUUUGAUCAAUAUUACGAUUUUGAUUUUAUGCACGAUUUUGAUAAUAUUUCCUUGCACACUUGUCUGUUUAAUUUCUUUGGAAGCUGGAUUUUUGACAGUAUUUGCGUGCACCAUAAGGGCCGGUUCACACAGAACGCAUUUUUCCAUUCCACACAUUACUUUUCUAUCGUUUUUCAAUGUAAAAACGUGCUAGAUGGACGUGUUUGACCUUUGCACUUUUACAGCGUUCAGAAUUGAAAAAAGGUCUGAAUUAUGAGAUAUAAUUGCGAGAGGAAAAGUCUGAAUAAUGAGAUCAAAGGUUGCAAUUACCUUUUUUCUCUUUUUUUUCCAUGUCGAUAAUAAGCUUCCAUAAGUUUUCGUUUAGAAACAUAUUGGAGAGUUUAUUAUUUUUGUCAUGGUAGCUGAUGACGCGUCUAAACCAGGUGCGACGCUACGACCCUUGCAUCGCAUCUCCUUCACGUUCAUCGAGGGUUUUCGUCCUGAAUAGCCGUGAACACAGCAAGCGAAGCACCACAAGAUGUUUUGUUUUGAUUUCUGGUGUGUUUUGACGUUUAGCUCCGCCCAUGUGGCAUUGUGUGUUCUGAUUGGCUGUGAUUGUUUUUGCGUUCAGUGAGCGUCGCACCUGUGAAGAUCAUGUCCAGCUCGUAUUUCACCCCAAACCAACAGGGAGAAAUAAUUAUAUUUUACUUUUUGGGAUAAUUAAUGGACAGUCGUUUAUUUGCACUGUGACUUUUUUUUUUUUUCAUGUGAUUUAGAGAGAAUUUAGUUCAGUUGUCAGUUGUUACGUCACUCUGAGACUGGGUUCACAGUUCUCUGAUGUCGGUUAACGGUACAUUUUUUCCAAAUUACAGUAAUGAGAAUUUAGGAUUAAAUGUUUAAUUGUCAUGAAAAUAUUGUCACAGUGCAAAACUCCUUAAUGUUACUAAAAACAGACUUUAUUUAUGCAAAAUAUAAUUUGUAUAGUUAUAUUACUAUAAUAAUGAAAUAUAACCUGGGCAUUUCUUUAAAAUAUUCAUCAAUAAUUAAUUAGUUUCCUCCACAUAAGAAAGGAAUGCUUUUGUAAUUCAAUUUUUACAUAAAAAGUUGUAAUUGUGACAAACUAAGGCAAUUAUGAAAAUUCAAAAUGGUCACUUAAAAAAGACAUAAUUAUGACAAAAUGUUAAAAUUAUGACAAUGUCAAUUAUGAGAUGACAAGUCAAAAUUAUCACUUAAAAAUGUAUAAUUAACAUAAAAGUUGAAAUAAUCACUUAAUCAUAAUUAUGACAAAAAUUUGAAAUUAUGACUGGUUGAAUUUCACUUAAAAAGUCAAAAUUGACAUAAAAGUUGAAAUUACGACAAUUAUGUGAUGAAAAGUUGAAAUUCACUAAAACGAUAAUUGUGACAAAAUGUUGUAAUAAUGACAUAAGUCAUAAUUAUGAUAGUCAAAAUUAAAAGUCAUAAUUAUGACCGUUUAAAUUAUGACAAUGUCAUAAUUAUUAUUAUGAGAUAAUGAGAUGUCAAAAUUAUCACUUAAAUUCAUAAAUGACAAAGUUGAAAUUGUAACAUGAUCACUUGUCAAUUAUGAGCUGAAAAGUCAAAUUUCACCUAAAAAGUCAUAAUUAUGUGAUGAAAAGCUGAAAUAAUAAUUGUGACAAAAUGUUGUAAUAAUGUCAUAAUUAUAAAUGUGAAAUUAAAAAUCAUAAGUAUGACAUAAAAAGUUUAAAUUAUGACAAUUUUUAAUCUCAUAAUUUUAACAUUUUAUGUCAUAAUUGAGAUUUACCAAAGCAUUUUAUUUUCUUUUGUGCCAUUAAUUUGCUUCCAUAGUUUGAGUCACUCUGAAUCUUAAAUCUUUCUGGUUUCUACUGGAUCUAAUGAUUAUAUGAAGCAUCUGCAGUGUUAUUAUUGAUAGUAUUAUCACACAGAUUUCCUGUCAGUCACAUCUGAUAUGGCAAUAAUUCUGAAAUCACACACAUUGUGAGCUCUAUAUGAAUAUAUAUAUUAUCUGUGAGUGUGCUUGAAUGGCAGUACAAACACUUGAAUCAUGAGAAACACGCAGUUCAAGACUCGUAAAGUGACGUGUUUCUGAGUCGGUGUGAAUGAAGUCAUGUGUUCGUGGGAUGUUUUGCACGUGAUGUUGAGAUUCACCUUUAUGAAUCGGUUAUUAUAGUGUAUCUUUGCCAUUAUCGUUCAUGUAUUUAUUUCAGUUGCUCUUUUUCCUGUGCUGGACGACAAACAUGUACCGCUUGAUGUGAGAAUAAACACAAAGUCACUGCG